AUGACCCCCUCAUUCCCCGAACCCAUGAAGCUCCACGAUGACGAGACGAGCUCCACCCAAUCGGAUACCUCCGACAUGGUCCCGAAUACGUUCGAGGGUCCGGAGAAGAACCUCGAGAUCGACUUCAAGGCUGGAGUGGGCCAUGCUCGUGGCUUGCGAGAAGUGUCUCGUCAAGACCUGGACGAGAUGCUGGAAGCUGGACAGUGCCAGAUCUUGUCCCGUAUUAGUAACGAACACAUUGAUGCGUACGUGUUGUCGGAGAGCUCCAUGUUCAUUUACGCACACAAGAUCGUGCUCAAGACAUGCGGGACCACGACGCUGCUCAAGUGUCUGCCAUUUAUUAAGACUUUUGCUGAACGACUAGGCCUCGAGAUCGAGUGGGUGAAUUAUUCCCGCAAGAACUAUACGUUCCCAGAAGAGCAAAAGUACCCACACACGAGCUUCCAGACGGAAGUGGCCUUCCUGAGCUCAUACUUUCCGGAUGGGUCGGCGCAUGUUUUGGGCCCGCUGAACCAUGAUCACUGGUAUAUCUACGCGUGGGACGCCGAUAUCCACGAGCAGCAGCCUGUCACGGAUGUAUUGACCCAUCCAGGCACGGGGAAAGAGCUCGGGGCGAAUGAGAGCACGCUGCACGUGCUGAUGCAGGAUAUGCAUCCAAGUGUAGCCAAGCAGUUUUUCAAGAGCAAUGAUACGACAAUGGUGUCUCGUCGGAUGACGAUCGAAAGCGGCAUCCGUGAUUUGGUGCCGGGUGCAACAAUCGACGAUUUCGCUUUCGACCCUUGUGGAUACUCGAUGAAUGGCAUUUUGUUUGACGCGUACUACACGAUCCACAUCACUCCCGAGAGCCAUUGCAGCUACGUGAGCUUUGAGACGAAUGCACGUCUCCGCUCGUAUGCGUCGCUACUGAAAAACGUGCUCCGUUGUUUUCGUCCAGCCAAGUACUCGGUGAGUGUGUACACGGAUCGCAAUGCGUUGGAGACGGCCAAGGGCAGCAAUAUGUUUUCCGAAGACCUGGUCAAGAUUGACGACGAUCUGCUAUACAAGCGCAAGGGCGGGCACACGCAGGCCACGUUUGAAGGCGACUACAUGUGCCGUAUGGCCAACUACUCUCAAUCGCAGCAUCCUGCUCUCAGCCGAGUCGUAAAGAAGAUCCGCUCCCCUUCUUUUGCAUAG